AUGGGUGGUGAUCUCAACUUGAAGAAGAGUUUCCACCCUUCUCUCCUGAAGAACCAGGCCAAGGUUUGGGAGGAGGAGAAGAAGGCGCUCGAGGAGCGCAAGAAGACACAGCAAAGGAUCAACGAGCUCAAGGAGGAGCGCGCUCGUGAAGAACUCCAGAAGAAACUCGAGGCCGCCGGACACACGAAAAAGGUCGAUCGCGUCGAAUUUCUCUACAGCGGCCCGACCGAUGGACAGACCGGAACGACGGAGGAGCGCGAGAGCUACCUCCUGGGCAAGCGUCGUAUCGACAACCUGCUCAAGGGCACCGAACACAAGAACCUCGAAAAGCAAGCUGGCCAAGAGAGCUUCAUGGCACUGCAGACGGCCAACACCGCACGAGACACCGCAGCAAAGGUUCGGGAAGAUCCUCUUCUCGCCAUCAAGAGACAGGAGCAGGCUGCGUACGAGGCGAUGAUGAAUGAUCCGAUCAAGCGCAGGCAGUUGCUUGCCUCGAUGGGCAUCGAGGACCAGCAAAAAGACAAGUCAAAGAAGAGGGAAGACAGGCACGAAAGGCAUAAGAGGAGACAUCACAGGCGUCGCGACGAUGAUUCAGAAGACGAGAGACGCCAUAAGCGACGGUGCUCUCAACCUCGAUCCAGAUCCAGAAGCCCCCGGCGGCGCCAAGGCGAUUCUGACGACGAAGACCGACGCGAGAGACGACACCGGCGUAGCGACUCGCAGGAUAGAGACAGAGGCAGCCACCGACGAAGGCGGUCCCCGAGGUCGAGAUCGCCUCGCCGCCGUGAUUCGGGCGAGAAGGACGAUUAUGAGAGGCGCGACCGGAGAGAGCGUCGUGACGAUCGUGAGAGAAGGCGCCAACCCUCCGUCUCAGACGAAGACCGUCCCGUCCGUCAGCGGGAGAGAUCACCUCGAGGUUAUGACGGACGAAAUGGAGAUCGCAGUGGCGACCGGAACGGAGAAGCAUCCGGCUCUCGCGACCGUAGACCCUACGACAACCGCCGGUUUGAUCGCAACAGAGACACCCGAGGUGACGGUCGUGCCAACGGCAAGGCGGACGACUCAGCUGCGGAUGAAGAGAGGGCAAGGAAGUUGGCUGCCAUGCAAGCGGCCGCCUCGGACCUUGACACGGACCGAGACCGUCGUUUGGCUGCGCUCGAAGCACAGGAAAAGGCAGCACGUGAUGCCGACAACCAGGCCAGGGAUAAGUCCUCCAAGUACGGCGACAGGCAGUUUGUCAACGGUCUGCACCGCAAGGCUGGUAACUUGGGGUUGGCAGAGAGGCUUGGACGGGGAAGACAAGGUCUACAGAGGGAUGACGACUGA